CUCAAUACUCGAUAUCACAUACAUAAGAUCCUUUCAAUUCGAAUCCAUCGUAAUUGAAAGGGUCUCUAGCGUGUGGCUCACAUCGGAGUUGAGUAUGCUGGCGAGACAAGUGACCCGCGUGAACGGCCUGUUGCGCCGGCAGUCGACGCAGUCGCUGCGCUCCCUGGCGACGGCGGACAAGUCCAAGGCCGCUAAACCUGCUGCGCCCAAAUUCCGCAAGAAAAAGACGUUCCAGUUCUCUGGUGAGGACGUGGAGAAGACGACGCCUCUGGAGGAGUUCGAGUACCCGUCGUACUGGGAUGAGGACUACCCCGCAGACUUUGACAACGAGAUGAAGCACGAGGUGGAGAAGCUGCAGAUUUUCGCCGACUUUACGCCGUACCUGGACCUGUCGUGGCAGACGCAGAUCCACCCGCUGUUCGACGGCGAGGCGAUUAAGAUGACGCUCAACUGCCCGCUCGAGGACUUCGACGAGCGGCUCUUCGUGGACGACAAGACCACGUACGACACGAAGGUGGUGAUGGAGGUGCCUAUGACGUGCUUCAAGGGCCUUAACAAGGAGGCCAAGGACAUUGUCGCGCAGCUCGCAGGCCCGCGUUACAACGCCAACAAGAAGAUGAUCAAGAUCUCCGAGGACCGCUACAACAAGCGCGUGCACAACCACAAGCGGAUCUGCGAUAUCCUGCGCGACCUCACGCAAACUGCACUCGAACUCAGCGGCCAGGCCUCAGAGGAGGCCACCAAGAAGGCUAAGAAGGAGUAGGUAGGCCCGCUUGUCUAGCUGAAGAGCAUCUGAAACACUAGGAAUGGUACAUGUACGGUGUUAAGUGCUCGAAGCUAACACGUUAGAUAUCUCUUUGCUGCUUGGUCAGAUAAUGAUACAUAGAUGAUAAUGGGGAGGUUGGUAGACGCAGCAAAACACAAACAGGUAAUUCGAUUCUCGAGGUGCUUAAUGGAGGGGGAGUAUGAUG